CUGCCAUUCGCUUUGUAGCCAGGCGGGCACGUCUGAGCUUCGUUGCAAGGUCAAAUUAUCUUCUUCUUAUACGGCGACAAGCUUGCGCGCCGAAUCAUCAGUGAUCGUGAGGCGCACGGAGAGCACAGGGGCCACAUUUACAAGGCACAGCUGCAGCGUGCCAGCACUCGCCAGCCGAGCAUCAUGCGCAGCCUCGUCGGCCUGCUCGCUCUCACGCUCGUCGGCGCGCAAAGUCCGGACGCCGCCGGCGCGCAAAGCUCGGACGCGUUCCCCGCCCGGCUCUCAGGCCUGGCGCCGUCGCCGACGACGCCGAUGGUCGUCUUCCUGGCCGGGUUUCCGGACGACACGCGUUCCUUUGACAGCGUCGCGCCGGCGUUCGAAGGCACGCACGCUGUCCUCAAGCUGGCGCUGCCCGGCUACGAGGGCGCGCCGGUCUCCGAGAAGUGGGGCCUGUCGUUCAAGGUGCUCAUUGAGAAAAUGCACGACGCAGUGGAAGCCCAGCCGCACGGCGACCUGUUUCUCGUGGCACACGAUUGGGGCGCAUAUUUAGGUCUGCUCUACGCGGACAAACACCCGACCGAGGUCGCGAAACUGGCCUUACUGGACAUCGGCCAUCAGAAGAUGAGUGAUAAACAGUCGCUCGCGGAGUACGUGGUAGGACCGACCUACCAGCUCUUCUUGGCCUGGUGCUUUGUGAUGGACGCGAUUGGUCUCCGGCCCGUCGCCUGGCUCGCGAACGCGCUGUUUCCCUGGCAGACCAUCGGGCCAUGCAAUCACGAAACGGUUUUGCCCACCGGCGUUAUGGAGUGGAUGGCCAAGCCGGACUUCCGCACUUGCUACCCUUAUUUCGUACUCUGGACGGACCUUUUGUUGGGCCGGGCCUGGCUGCCGGCGAUGCCAAGCAUGCCGACGCUGUUCAUCUACGGCACGCGGAAGAGGAUGAUGUUCCACACGGACCGCUUCCUCGCCGAGCUCCGCGAGCGGACCGACGGGUCGCGGAGCGUGGCGCUCGACUGUGGCCAUUUCCUCCAGGCGCAGAAGCCUGACGAGGUCGCCGCGGAACUGACGUCAUUCUUCGAGGGCCGCCGCACACGCUCCUUCCAUAUUCCCCACGAGGCCGAGGAGGCGUCGCCCAAGCCCACCGCGGCCCGGGGCGAGCUCUGAUUCGCAAGUGGUGUCAACCAGAAUGCCCCCCGCAAGAGCUCUGAAGGCGACAUGUAUGCUUGUUGACCUGUGUAUGAACUAAGUAUAACG